AUGGCGAACCCCGAAACAAAGCGCGACUCUUCGCCCCCGUCCACUGCGGGUUCCGGUCGGUUCCUGUCUCGUUCCUCAUCCACCUGUGGCUUUGGCCGGCUCGUGUCAGAAGCGGAUCUUGUGGCAAGAAUUCAUGCAACUGGUCCCAGAUCCCGUAAAUUGAAGAGAGACCCGGUCCCCCCCCGGGAGGACAAGCGUCCCCGGACGGCCUUCACGGCCGAGCAGCUGCAGCGGCUCCGGGGAGAGUUCCAGAAGAACCAGUACCUGACAGAGACGCGGCGCCAGAGUCUGGCCCGGGACCUGAACCUGAACCGGAGCCAGAUCAAGAUCUGGUUCCAGAACAAGCGGGCCAAGAUCAAGAAGGAAGCAGGGAGUAGGAACUCUCUGGCUGCCCAACUGAUGGAGCAAGGACUCUACGACCAUUCUACCGCCAAGGGGGGCCCCUCGGACUCAGACUAG